AAUUGAGAGGCCGGGCCUAGUCUAUUUGAAAGCCGAAGGUUUCUCUCAAUUCCAACGUAUGUUAAAAAUAGGAGGAGCCGCCCCGCUGAAUCCCCCUUUACCUCCUCAACCAUAUAGACAUAGCUGCAGCCGUCGAAACUACUUCUCCUCUAAUCUCAUGGCCUCCAGACGAUUAAGGGCAUUCAAGAGGUGGAUGAAAUCCCAAGGAAUCCAAUGCAGCGAUACCCUCGACUUCAUAGACUGCCCCCAACAAGGGAUUUCUGUGGGAGCAUUAUCUGAUUUACAUGAAGGCGAUGUGGUGGCCAAAAUACCAAAAACCGCUUGCCUUACUAUCAAGACCAGUGGGGCUCGGGAAAUGAUUGAGUCCGCUGGUUUGGAUGGUCAUUUAGGCCUCUCCGUGGCUUUGAUGUAUGAAAAGAGCUUAGCCCAGGAUUCUCCUUGGGCUGGUUACCUUCAGCUUUUGCCACCUCAAGAAUGCUUGCCUUUGGUUUGGACUCUGGGUGAGGUUGAUUCUUUACUCUCUGGGACUGAACUUCAUAAGGCAAUUAAGGAAGACAAAACUCUUAUGUAUGAGGAUUGGAAAGAAAAUAUUCUGCCCCUCGUAUAUUCGGCACCUCAAUCCCUUAAUCCAAGCUCUUUUAGUGUCAAAGAAUACUUCGCUGCAAGAAGUCUUAUUGCUUCUCGAUCUUUUCAGAUAGAUGAAUACCAUGGAUUUGGGAUGGUUCCUUUGGCAGAUCUCUUUAAUCACAAGACUGGAGCAGAGGAUGUACACUUCACCUCUGUAUCCCCUAAUCAAGAAUAUGAAGAUGAUGUUGACAGUGAAAAUGGUGAUAAUAACGAACUAAGUAAAAUUUCUGGCCAUGAUAAGAGAGAUUCCACCUGUGAAAAUUCGUACAUUCAUAGUGAUUCGGAAUCAGAUUACUCAUCAGUUACAGGAGAGGAUCCUAUGAUGCUGCAAAUGAUUAUGGUGAGAGAAGUAAAAUCAGGUGAUGAGGUUUUUAACACAUACGGGUCACUUGGCAAUGCUGCUUUACUUCAUAGAUAUGGAUUUACAGAGGCUAAUAAUCCUUUUGAUAUAGUGAACAUCGAUUUGGAAUUGGUUCUCAAGUGGGGUUGUUCACUGUUCUCUAGUCGGUACUGCAGAGCAAGGUUAUCCCUUUGGAGAAGAAUAAAUAUCUCUGGAAGCGUAAGUGAGAACUCUGAAUAUUUUGAGGUCUCAUCUGAUGGGGAACCUGAAUUGGAACUAUUGACAUUAUUAUACAUAAUGUUAUUGCCAGAUGAUACAUGUCAUAAGUUGGAUAUUAGCAUUUGCACUGCAGACAAGGUUAGUGCAAACAUUGGCAUGAUCUUAUCAGAAAAACAUGAUAUUACAUGGAGCACAAGCUCAGAAAUCAGCAAGGACUUAUUGUUGACAGAAAAAGUUUGUCGUGCCCUCUUGGCACUUGCGGACAUUCGUGAGAGUUGUUAUGGUUCGAAGUCGAUAGAUGAAGAUGUCGAAGCUCUAAAGAGAUGUUGCAUGACAGAAAGGAAAUUGUAUCAUUCUUUGAUGUUACGAAUAAGUGAGAGGAGGAUCCUUGAGAAGUUUAGGACUUAUGCUACUGCAGGAGCUCAAAUUCAAACAUUUCAAGAUGCAAAUGGAACCUCUACAACAAGGAAGAGAUUGAAAAAGCAUUAAGGUGAAAUAAUUCAUCUAUCUUGCUUGUUUUGGUUACAGUAAACUUAAGUCAAUUUUUGCCUAGGCUUUCAUUGCUUAGAUGAAACUAAAUUGUGGAACAACUUUAAUCUUGCAUUUAUUAUUUUUAUUAGAA